AAGACGGAAGGAUACAUUGGAUGGUGAGGAUUGAGACAAUUAAUCCAAAGUUGUUAGGAAGUUAACCAUUUCUCUUGAAUAAAAUCUCCCCCCCUGGCACAGGAGAGUUUCAGUACUUGGGUCUGUACCCAGUUCCUCUGUUCCAGGAUUUCUCUGUCCUGAUUCGAGAGACCACAGUAGUUUCACCUCUUUUAAAUUCUCUCAAACUAAUGCUAUUGAUCUGCUUUCUUUAAACCAAUCUCUGAUCUGCCAUUUUCAUGGAAAGAACAAGAAAGAUCAUUAUCUGUGCAAUACAAUUUCAUUCCAACGUUUAUAUCUCAUCAAGAUCGAUUCACGGCUUCUUUUAUUUUUGUUUUACAUAUCCAUUUUAAAGUUUUAGAAUCUUUGAUUUGGGUCUCCUGUUUUUGUCAUCUCAGAGACCACAGAUAAAAACCCAGAAGCUUUUUUGAACAGAUCUCUUUCUUUUUCUUUGAAAACUAGCAGUAGAUCAUCCAACACUUAAUGGCCAAUCUGUUUCCAAGCUCUGUUUUCAGAAGAUUGGAGGCGGCUAUUUGGGUUGCAAAGUUGGUGUUGUUUUCAGCAGGGAUCAUAUCCACUGUAAUUUUGUUCAAAGUGGCAAUAAUCCCAUUUGCAUUUGAUCUUAUUCUUUCUUCUUUACCCAAGAUUUGGAUCUCUCUCCGUAGUUGGCUUGCUCCACCUUACAUCUAUAUCAUUCUCAACUUCAUCAUUAUCACCAUUGCUGCUUUCUCCACGCUUCAGCAUCAAAAUUACACCAAACCAUCCUCUGCAAAAACCCAUUUUCUUUCUACAGACAAAAGUCCAAGCAAUUUCUGGCAAGACAUGGACGUUGAAGAAGAUGAAAAACAAGUGAACUUUGCGACACCCAUUAAUCCAUCUCAGGAGCCCUGCAGCUCCUCUGACUCUGGUUUGAUAGAUUCUGGUAAAUCACUCCAGAUGGGAGAAGAGAAGAUGACAACGGCGAUCCCAGAAGAUGCAACAGAGGACACGAUGGAGCAGACGUGGAAUUUGAUCAUGGAAGGCCAAGGGAAGGUACAGUCGCGGAAGCUGAAGAAGAGCGAGACGUGGGACACACCUCCUCGGGUGGUGGUGGUGGCAGCAGCAGCAGCAGCAGCAGUGGCGGAUGAUGAUGAUGAUGAUAAUGAUGAGAUUGAUCCGGUGGCGUGGGCUCGGCGAGAGCUGAGAAAGUCGGAGACGUUCAGUGACAGAGCAUCGUUAAGGAGGGAGAAAUCGAUGAGUCCAGAAGAGUUGAAUCAACGAGCAGAAGCGUUCAUUAAAAAGUUCAAUAAUGAGAUGAGACUUCAGAGACAGGAAUCUUAUCAACGUUCCAUGGCGAUGUUUAAUCGUGGUGUUUAGUUUGUAAUUAAAUAUGUUUGGGUUUGUUCAUCCUUUGCAUUAGGGCAAAUAAUUGAAGCUUUGGUCAUGGAGUUUUAAUUGAGAUGUUGUCCAAAGUUGAACAUUAGAGAACCUUUUUUCAGAAAUGAAAAUUAUGAAUUUGGUGUACCAAAUUCAUAAUGAAGAGAGAGAGAGAGAGAGAGAGAGAGAGAGAUUAAGUAAUGAAAGGAGAUUCUGUUUAUUUCAAUUAUGUCUUUAAUUCCAUCUUUUUUGUAACAUAUUCGUAGGGAUGUUCCCUUGGAGUAUCAACUCUCAAACAAUGUUGCCUUUUUUUCUUUC